AGCAGAGUGACGUGAGCCCAGAGGCUGCAGCCUGGGGGACUCCAUUACCAGAGCUCACACUGCCCUGCACCAGGGAACAAGCCUCCUGCUCCCUCACAGCUCUUCAUCGUAAGGAAACCAAGCAACAUUGUAUCCAGCCCGGGAGACUAUAGAGGAAGGGAACCAUGGCUCUGGACGGUAUACGGAUGCCAGAUGGCUGCUACGCCGACGGGACGUGGGAACUAAAUAUCCUGGUGACGGAUCUGAACCGGGAUGUAACGCUCAGAGUCACCGGGGAUGUCCACAUUGGAGGGGUGAUGCUGAAACUGGUGGAAAAACUUGAUGUAAAGAAGGACUGGUCUGACCACGCCUUGUGGUGGGAGAAGAAGAAGACUUGGCUCCUGAAGACUCAUUGGACCUUAGACAAAUAUGGCAUCCAGGCCGACGCCAAACUGCAGUUCACCCCUCAGCACAAACUGCUCCGCCUGCAGCUCCCCAACAUGAAAUACGUCAAGGUGAAGGUCAACUUCUCCGACCGCGUCUUCAAAGCCGUCUCCGACAUCUGCAAAACGUUCAAUAUCAGACAUCCAGAGGAACUCUCACUUUUGCGGAAACCGAGAGAUCCCACAAAGAAAAAAAAGAAAAAGAUCGAAGAGAAUCAAACGGAAGAGAACAUUCUGGAGCUUGAUGGACCUUUGACCCCCGGGACUGGAAGCAUAUACUCCAGUCCCGGCUUGUAUAGUAAGACCAUGACCCCGACGUAUGACUCUCGUGACGGCAGCCCUCUCUCGCCCACUUCAGCGUGGUUCGGCGAUAGCGCCUUGUCGGAGGGCAACCCUGGCAUCCUGGCCGUCAGCCAACCGAUCACCUCUCCAGAUAUCCUCGCCAAAUUAUACAAGCCCCAAAGCCUUCUUGACAAAGCCAAAAUAAACCAGGGUUGGCUGGACUCCUCCCGAUCUCUUAUGGAACAAGAUGUGAAAGAAAACGACGCUUUACUACUUCGAUUCAAGUAUUACAGCUUCUUUGAUCUGAAUCCAAAGUACGACGCCAUCCGCAUCAACCAGCUCUUCGAACAAGCCAAAUGGUCCAUCCUGCUGGAGGAGAUCGAGUGCACGGAGGAGGAGAUGAUGAUGUUCGCCGCCCUGCAGUAUCAUAUAAACAAGCUGUCUAUGAUGUCAUCAGAGAACCAUUAUAACAACAGCGAUAAAGAGAUCGACGAGGUGGAUGCUGCGCUGUCAGAUCUGGAGAUCACCCUAGAGGGAGGAAAAACGUCAACCAUUCUGGGGGACAUCACCUCUAUUCCAGAACUGACAGACAACUUAAAAAUCUUCAAGUAAGUAACAUUUUUUACACAGUACCCAAGAAAACUGACUCUGAAAGGCUACAAGCAGUAUUGGUGCACGUUCAAAGACACCUCCAUAUCCUGCUACAAGAGCAAAGAGGAGGCUAAUGGGACCCCCGCCCACCAAAUGAACCUGAGGGGUAACUGCGAAGUGACUCCAGAUGUGAACAUAUCGGGCCAGAAGUUUAUCAUUAAGCUCCUCAUACCGGUGGCUGAAGGAAUGAACGAGAUCUGGCUCCGGUGCGAAAACGAGAAGCAGUACGCCCACUGGAUGGCGGCAUGUCGAUUGGCAUCAAAGGGCAAGACCAUGGCGGACAGUUCCUACAACCUAGAAGUGCAGAACAUCUUGUCCUUCCUGAAAAUGCAGCAUUUGAACCCCGACCCACAGUUCAUUCCCGACCAGGUCAACUCCGACAUCAACCCGGAAUGUGUGGUGUCACCCCGCUACCUGAAGAAGUACAAGAACAAGCAGCCAGGCUAUGUAAGAGACUUGAUUACGGCCCGUAUCCUGGAGGCGCACCAGAACGUGGCCCAGAUGAGUCUCAUAGAAGCCAAGAUGCGGUUCAUCCAGGCCUGGCAGUCCUUACCGGAAUUCGGCAUCACCCAUUUUCUGGCCAGGUUCCAGGGUGGGAAGAAGGAGGAGCUGAUCGGCAUCACCUACAACCGGCUCAUCAGGAUGGACGCCAACACCGGAGACGCCAUCAAAACGUGGAGGUUCAGUAACAUGAAGCAGUGGAACGUCAACUGGGAAAUCAAGAUGGUAACGGUGGAGUUUGCGGACGAGAUGCGUCUCUCCUUCAUCUGCGCAGAAGUGGAUUGCAAAGUAGUUCACGAAUUCAUCGGUGGAUACAUCUUCCUGUCCACGCGGGCCAAGGACCAGAACGAAAGUCUCGACGAGGAGAUGUUCUUCAAACUCACAAGUGGAUGGGUGUGAGACCUUUUACGCCCUACCACGUUCCUCCUAGAUUACAGAAGCUUUUUUAUUUUAUUUUCCCUUUUUUUUUUUUUUUUUUUUUAUUCUACAUAUGCUGCUUAAGAGAAAAACAAAAAACAAAAAAAAAUCUGAAAUAAACAUAAGCUUGAAAUGUAUCCACCUUAUGAAAAGUUCUGCCUUUUUAACAAGCCGUGGGCACUAACCAAAAUAAAUAAAAAAUAAAAAGCACUUCCGGACAUGUAGCAAGUAGCGACAGAAGAAGAAAAAAAUAAUCAUGGAAAUCGAGAAUUUUAAGAAAACAUUUUUUCUCGGUUUGGAGGGGCCUUAAGGCGAAUGUUGGAUGAGGAAAAUACAAGAAAUUCGCGCCAUUUACUCAACGACCAUCAAGGGACUUAGACUUUGAAAAAAACAAUCAUGUCGACUGUAUGAAUUAAUUUUUUUUUUUUUAUUAUAUGUUUUUUCACGAAAAAGUUAGAUCUUUUCGAAGAUUUUUUUUUUCUAACCUAUUAGGUCAAUCAUGAUUGAUAAUUUUUUUUUGUUUUUUAUUAUAAUUUUUUUUUUACAUAUUAGGUCAAUAUUAAUUGAAUUAUUUUUAGUGUUUAUUUUUUUAUUUUUUUUUCCAUUUUUGUUUUUGUUUUAUUAAUUCAUAAGACUAAGCGGAACAAUAUGGAGGGGGUGGGGGUGGGGGUCCCCCCACACAAAUGUUCCGGCAAAUCCAAAAUUUGUUGACCAAAAAUGGAUGCCGCAUCUUGCCUUGUUCUAUACCCGGUCGCCGUUGGUACCUAGCGAUGAGUUUGCGUUCGCCUGUACGUUUUUUUUUUUUGCGCUCUCUCUCUCUCUCUAUACACCGUUAUAGUGUUACAACGACAAAUUGUAGUGUUCACUCAGAUAUGCAAACGUUUCAUCCUGAUUAUAUGAAGUAAAGGUCGAAUGAAGUAUAUGUUAAAAAAAUUUUUGUUGUUUAUUUUUGGUGUAACUUAUGUAAAAAAAAAAAAUACAAACACAAAUUUUAUAAAAUUGUACAGUGUUUAUUUUUUUGUUUUUGUUUAUCACUUUUUUGUGUUUUUUUUUGUUUUUUUUUCGCUUUCAUUCUAGUAAUCUGCAUUUACGAAUGUAUUCCUUAUUUGUUUAUUUUUUAGUAUUAAAUAUAUUUUCACUGCAAACUAAC